AUGGGCAAGAAAAUCGUCUUCAACAUCUCGUCCGAGUUCCAGCUCAAGUCGCUGCUGGGCGAGGGCGCCUACGGAGUAGUGUGCUCCGCGCUGCACGUGCCCUCGGGCGAAAUGGUGGCCAUCAAGAAAAUCGAGCCUUUCGACCGGCCGCUGUUUUGCCUGCGCACGCUGCGCGAAAUCAAGCUGCUGCGGUGCUUCCGACACGAGAACAUCAUCUCUGUGUUCGACAUCCAGCGACCCGCUUCGUUCGAGGCGUUCAACGAGGUGUACAUCAUCCAGGAGCUGAUGGACACCGACCUCCACCGCGUCAUUGCCACCCAGACACUGUCGGACGACCACAUCCAGUACUUCGUGUACCAGACACUACGCGCGCUCAAGUGCCUGCACGCGAGCCACGUGAUCCACCGCGAUCUGAAACCUUCCAACCUGCUGGUAAAUGCCAAUUGCGACCUCAAGGUUUGCGACUUCGGACUUGCCCGAAUAGCCGCCGGCGGCCCCGCCGCCGUCGGCGAUGACGACAGCGACGAUCCCUCCCCGUGCAACAUGACGGAAUACGUCGCGACCCGCUGGUAUCGAGCCCCCGAGGUGAUGUUGACGGCCGCGGAGUACACCUCGGCAAUGGACAUCUGGUCGUGCGGCUGUAUCUUGGCGGAGUUGUUCCUGCGCCGCCCGCUGUUCCCAGGCAAGGACUACCGCCACCAAUUGUUGUUGAUUUUUCAGAUACUGGGGUCACCCGGGACCGCUGACCUUGAUGCAGUACGCUCGCGUCGCGCACGUCAUUACCUUGGGUCGCUGCCGCGCUUUGCGCGGCGCGACCUUCGCCAACUGUUCCCCAAUGCCAAUCCUCUCGGUAUAGAUUUACUUUCUCGGAUGCUGGUAUUCGACCCGGCCCGGCGCGUAACCGCCCACGACGCGCUUUCGCAUCCGUACUUACGCUCGUAUCACGACCCUGCCGAUGAGCCGGCCGGUACCCCACUUGACGCGGCCGCAUUCCGCUUCGACCAGUCUAAGGACCGGCUGUCCACGUUGCAUCUCAAGCGGCUGCUCUGGGACGAAAUCUUUUGCGGCGCGCGUGACGCCGUCCCCGGAGUCGCGCCCGCCUGA